AUGCUGACUUUUAAGGUUCUACUCUCCGUUUUUCUUUACACGAACGCCGCGCGCGCCGCUUCCUCCGGCUUCCGUGUCUCCACUUCUGCCGCAGGAUAUGUCGCUACCUCCCUGGGCGAUGUAGUCUCCACGAGCGAUAACAACUUGUACACCGUCAACAUUACUCUCGGCGGUGAAGCCUUCGUUGUCCAACUCGAUACCGGAUCAAGCGAUCUCUGGUUGAACACCACCGGGCGCAAUGUGCAGUUCACCAAUACAACCGAUCUCAACGUCACCGAGGGCUAUGCGAAGGGCGGCGUAUCGGGAUGGCUUUCGUUUGCCGAUAUGACUAUCGGCGACUUCUCCGUUCCCGGCCAAGCUUUUGUAGACGCCGUCGAGAUCAAGGACAUGUCUCCCACGUUUGACGGCAUCCUCGGCAUGGCGUUCGACACUGCAAUCAUUUACCCUGUCGUGCAGAAAAACUGGGGCACGGAAGCGGCCGACGCUCUCGCGCGCUCGCCGAUCACCAACCUCUUUGCGCUCGACCCUACGACCCCCAACUUCUUCGACGUGCAGCUCGCGCGGGCAGUGUCCCCCGAUCCUAACGACGUUGCCGAAGGUGUAUUCCUGAUCUCCCAACAUGACGAUGCGUUCCAGAACAUCACGUCAGCUCCGAUGCUCCGAAGCCUUACUUCUCAGCACUGGACCCUUGCCAUGGACGGCAUGACGGUCAAUGGCACGCCGUUCGCCUUCAACGCCUCGCGAGCGCCUGGAGUUCCCACAGGGAAGGUCGCUGCAGUAUUCGACACGGGCUUCUCCCUGCCGCAAAUACCGAUUGCCGCUGUGAAAGCGAUCUACGGGUCUAUCCCGGGCGCGCUAUGCAGCCCCGAAUUCGGUUGGAUAGUGCCUUGCGAUGCGGCACCGAACGUGGUGUUCACCUUUGGUGGACAGGACAUCCCGGUGCACCCGCUCGACCUGACGUUGACCAACGUCUUCUCCACCCCCUCUGGAAACAUCACGGGAUGCGUAGGCUCAUUCCAAGGACUGACCCUCGACCCCACCCAAUUCGUCGGCUUCGACCUCAUCCUAGGGGACGCUUUCCUCCGCAACGUAUACGCCUCGUUCAACUACGGCGACUACCGACCGAACACGACCUUUGACGGCCAAAGCCCCUUCGUCCAGCUCCUCCCCACCACCGACGGUUCCACGAUGCACGCCGAGUUCGUCGCGAACCGCACCGCCGCCCUCGCGCAGCUCCCGCCCGCCAGCGACCCCGCGACGCUCGUCAAGCUCGGUGCCUUUUCCGACGCCUCCGCCUCCUCUUCCGCCUCCUCCCCCGACGCCUCCUCCGCCUCCGUCGCCGGCGCGCUCGACGAGUCCACCUCGUCCCCGUCAGGGAGCACCGACAGCUGGGGCAAGAAGUACGGCACGACCGCGCUCGCGCUCCUCGGCGCGAACCUCGCCGUCGGCGUCGUCCUCCUCGGCCUCACGCUCACGGUGUGCAUGCGCUCGCAGAGCCAGGGUGCGUCGGUCCGGUACACGCCGCGUCCGUUCAUGAUGCAGCAGGGCGACGAGGAGGAGCGGGCGCAGCUGCGGUACGACGACUGA